UGGGCAGUAUUUGUAUGUCCGUACGUCAUUAUAUCUAUAUAAAAUCAUGUAAUCAAUGAUUCGACCUUGUACAUUCUUAUACGUGAUUAUUAAACCAUCAUUCCAGAAUCAGACAGAAUAUUCCUGGAAGUUGCGCUGACUUGUAAAUAGAUUAAAGUCUGCUGAGCGUAUUGAUUUGUUAUCGCUGUGUUACACAGCCUUAGCAUUAUAUAGCGACACGCAUACGGAAAAACCAUUUCUACUUUCGAUUUCAGUAUAUUUAACAGGAACACUUUGUUCUAUAGCUUCAGUUCCCGUUAUCCAGACAAAACUCGACGAAGAAAUCAUAAUUUGAUUCUCGAAUUUUCAUCUUCAAAAAAAUAUGGAUUUUAACUGGACUAUUGGUUUGGAGAAUUUAACUGUAACCAUAGUUAUUUUCUUACUUAUCUUGCUGGUCAUUCGGUCAUUACAAAGUCCGUCCAAUAUCCCGCCCGGUCCAACUGGCUAUCCAGUGCUAGGAUGCAUUCCUUUGAUGCGGAAGGGGAACGUACUCGAGAUAUUUCAGAACCUCCGAACACAGUACGGUGACGUGUUCAGUAUCAAACUAGGUUCUAACUUCACGGUCGUCAUCAAUGGAGUAGACGCGCUCAACGAAGCGUUCGUGAAAAAUGCCGAUCGCUUUUCAGACAGACCAGACAACUUCGCUGUGCCAUCCAUUUUACGUGGAAAAGGGAUCGGAGCGUCUUCCGGUGAACACUGGAAACUAACGCGGACCUUCUCUCUGUUGACACUUCGAGGUUUCGGGUUCGGUAGAAAAAUCCUGGAAUCAAAAGUGAAGGAAGAGGUCACAGCCUUCUUGGAUGUCAUUGAAAAGCAAAAAGGACAACCUUAUGACGUCAAGGAACUUAUUCUCAUAUCUGUUUCUAAUAUCAUAUGCAGCAUUGCUUUCGGAAAUAGAUACGAAUACACCGACGCAAAAUUCAAGCGUCUGACUGCCCUGCUGAAUGAGAACUUCCGGUUAAAUACGGUCGCUGGUGCGAUUCGGCAGUUACCAUGGCUACGGUUCCUGCCCGGAGAUGUAUUCAGCAUUAAGAAGUUUCAUAGGAACGGUGCACAGGUUAAAGAGUUUGCGAACGGUCAAAUAGCUGAUCACCGAGAGACGUUUGAUGAAAACAAUCCGAGAGAUUUUAUUGACGUCUUUCUCCAACAACAGAGUAAAGCUGGCCGGGAUCAUCCCAUUUUUGAAGACGCCAACCUGGCAGCUAUAAUUAAGGAUCUCUUUUCGGCUGGGACUGAAACAACUUCCGCCAUGAUUCGAUGGGCGAUACUUUACCUCAUUCACAACAGACCUGUCCAGGACAAACUCCGACAUGAGGUAGCGACUGUGGUCGGGACGUCCAGACUUCCGUCACUAGACGACAAAGCCUCCAUGCCUUACUACGAGGCGUUUAUAAUGGAAGUUCUUCGGAUGGGCAACAUUGCACCAUUGUCUGUGGGUCAUGGAGCCAGAACGGACAUUCACUUCCGGGGCAUGAUGAUUCCAAGAGGGUCGAUCAUAAUUCCUAACCUUAACUCCGUCAUGACCGAUCCGGACCUGUUUGAGGAUCCUCAGAAGUUCAAUCCAGACAGAUUUCUCGGAAAGGACGGACGCGUCAUAGACAGGAAAAAGAUGGCUAUCGCUUUCUCAUUAGGACGACGAAUGUGCUUGGGACAAUCUCUGGCGAAGAUAGAACUGUUUCUAUUCAUCACGGCUUUAAUACAGAGGUUUGAGUUUCUACCGGAAAACCCAGACCGGCUCCCACCACUCGAAGGCGUCGUGGGAUUGUCUAGGACACCAAAACCAUACAAAUUCCGGGCUGUAACUCUGAACUGAAGUAUGUGUCGAAAUAUAUGGUGUUGGAAAUUGUUUUAUUCAUGAUUCAUUACAAAUGUAUGUUAUUACUGUUAAUUUAGCUUUAGUUAAGCUCAUAUUUUUCUUGUGAUAUGGAUAGUUUACGUAUAUAUGCAUUGCAAGGGAGAUAACUCUUACACUUGCCCCAUCCUACUGUGAUUGACCUCAUUAUGAUUUUUAAUGCCGGUCUUGAUGCGGCGUUUUUUUGAAAUACUCUUUCACUUUAAAAUUUUCGAUAAAAAAAAUAUUCUUGAUACUACAAAUAAAAUAAAUCGCCUUUCGUAUGAUUUUUGACUCUGUAACAAUUUAUAACUUACAAAAAUCAUUCGUGUAAUUUCUGGUUCCUCAAAAGAAUAAUUAUGAGUUCUCGAAUUUAAGCAACUUGAUGCUAAUAUAAUUACUAAAUCAGGAAAUGGUACUUGUUUGUUGAUAUGUUGUUUUCGGCUUUGUAGUUAAACAACAUCCUUACUGCCAAAGGUAUUGGAUUCAGACGAAAAAUGUUAUUAAUUAUUGUUGAUAUCAGACACUGUUUUUACACCAGUGAACAAUGAAGGUGCUGUGCGAUCUGAUGAUGGCGUUGGACAUAUGCUACUUGUGAUAUUUUCUAUGCCAGUAGUAAUAGUCAGAAGAUGUAGGAAUAGUUACAGUAUUAGCUUUGUCACUCGAUUCUACUCUUUUCUAUCAUAUUUCUUCUUUUUUUUUUUUUUUGCAUUGCUAUAUCACUAGCUCUUUUACCCCUAUUUAUUUCUAGUAAACCCUACCAUGCAAUGAUCUGGAUGAGUCCAUUAUGGUCUACAGUGGUGAAAGGGUAAAAUAAUCGACCAUACUCCUGUUGCAGUUCACCCUCAAUCGUCCCUUCGUUCUUCGUUUAGUUUCUAUCGUGAUAGAGCU